CAUGCCUGCAACGGCUAUGCAUAAGUUUAUAACUUUUAUAGGAACUAUGUCUAUAUUACAUGCGGCUUAUUCAGCCGCACAACAUCGAUCCUAUUUGCGAAUCACCGAACAGGAAUUUACUACUUUGCCAAUUGAUAUUUUAAUUCAAGGUAUAGUCAGUUUAUUUAUCGUUAUGUACGGUGUUAUGUACAUUGCUGGUGAUUUUAAAGAAAUUCGAGCAGUUGUUGAUUUGGAGAAUAAAUCCUGGGAAACACUGCGAAAUUUACCAUCCUUUCAAGUAUUUAAUCAUCGUGGGAGAUCUCUUUCGUCAGAGUAUAUUCCAGAAUGAAAUAGUUUUGAAAUAUUAAAUUAUUGAAAAAUAUAAUGAAUAUAUAGAUUUACUUGUAUUAUUUGUUGAAUCACAUUCUUUUAGUUCUCUUAGCUAGGAUUUAUUAAUAAAAUUUAUUAAUAUUAA